CGCACACGAACUCUUCCGCAGCGAGGUUUAUUGAGAUUAAUUUCGUUCUGUCAAUUCGCAGUACAUAGUCUGAUUCAGAGUUUUAUUUGCGUCGUCUCGAAAGGAAGCUUCGAGUUAAUAUGUUAGCGUUCAAUGACUAAUAAAUCUGUAUUCACCGUUGAAAAAGUUUAUUGACUGACGACUGACGCCUGGACAAGACUCGUAACACAUUGGGAGACAAAACAAAAUUGACGAGCAAAAAAAAAGAAAAAUGUCGAGUGUACCGCAAGUUUCUAGCGGGCUAAGCAAGCUCAAAAAGAAACACUUUCGUGUUAAGCAUCAAAAGGUGAAAUUAUUUUGGGCGAAUGAACCGCUGCUUAGCGUGCUUAUGUGGGGUGUCAAUCACACGAUAAAUGAGUUGAGCCAUAUCAACAUACCAGUUAUGCUGCUUCCCGAUGAUUUUAGGGCCUACAGCAAAUUGAAAGUUGACAAUCAUCUUUUCAAUAAAGAAAACAUGCCGUCUCACUUUAAAAUCAAAGAAUACUGUCCGCUGGUCUUUAGAAAUCUGCGAGAAAGGUUUGGAAUAGACGACUUGGACUACAAGGACUCUAUGACAAGAUGUCGGACGUUUAAUCCUUCGCGAGCUAAACGGCGGCCAGACUCGGCAACUGCCGUUGGAAGGACUCGGCAAUUGGUGCAGCGAUCGGCGACAGUUCCCUCGAUUAUUUUAUCCCCUCCUCCUUCUGCAGUUUCACAUAUUCCAGUUCUUUCUAAGCCGCAGCGUGCCUACAGUCUUAAACCAAAACGUUUGAGAUCUCAACCAGUUAUCUAUGACUCAUCAGGUAAGAGUGGCGCCAAGUUUUACCAAUCGUACGACAAGUUAUUCAUCAUCAAGACUUUGACGAGUGAAGAGGUAGAAAGAAUGCAUUUAUUUUUGAAGCAAUACCAUCCAUAUAUCGUUGAAAGGCAUGGAAAAACGUUGCUGCCACAGUAUGUGGGCAUGUAUCGCUUAACGGUUGACGGAGAUGAGCAUUACUUUGUUGCCAUUAGAAAUGCUUUCUCAAAUCAUCUUCCCACGCACCGGAAAUUUGAUUUGAAAGGAUCGACAGUGGACAGAGAAGCCUCUGACAAAGAAAAGGAAAAAGAUUUACCGACAUACAAAGACAACGAUUUUGUCAAAGAAGGAAUGAAAAUUUACAUAGGGGAAGAGGCAAAGAGAAAGCUCAUAGAUACGUUAACAGCUGAUGUCGGCUUUUUGACACACUUAAAUCUGAUGGAUUACUCGCUGUUGCUUGGUGUUCACGACUGUGCACGAGCAGAACAAGAAAACAGAGAACGUGCCGAGAGAGAAGCUGAUGAAGACAAUCGCGAAGAAGAAGACGAUAGUGAAUCCGGUAGCGGCCAAGAUACUCGUGGCCCUACGGGAGAAUGCCGGCAGUUGGGCGGCUUUGCGGUUGCAGGGAUGUCAACUCCCCCAGAAUCCCCGCAUACCGCUUUAAUGCGAGAUUCCAGUCUACAGUAUGAAGGCGCUAUCAUACCUGAGUUAGAUAUAUACGCAAUCCCAAGUUCAGAUGGUGCCCCGUCGAAGGAAAUUUAUUUUUUGGCCAUCAUAGAUGUACUCACACAUUAUGGCGUGCGUAAACAAGCCGCAAAGGCAGCUAAAACCGUGAAGUACGGUGCAAAUGUCGACGGUAUAUCAACUUGCGAUCCGGAACAGUACGGGAAACGAUUCAUCGAAUUCAUGAGUAAAGCGAUAGAAUAAGCUCAGAUACUUGAUCAAAUUCAGGAUACAUAUAAUUUGAGAAAAAACAACAUUCGGAAGUGAUUAUUUUUUAUUUCCUUUGUUCGAGAGAUUUUAACAUUGAUUGAUUAAAACAGAAAUUUGAAAUAAUUAUACACGUGUAAAAAAGUUGAAUUAAACUUUACAAUUCAUUUAAUUGUAUUGUCAAUCACUUUAUUUUGCAAAUUCAAUUCUUUGUGAUGGGGUUGUUUAUAUGUGAUACAGUGAUUUCAUAAUGUUCGAAGCCUCGUAGUUGAAGUAAAAAUUUACAGUAGCCAAUGUUAAAUCUUUACAAUAUCCAGCUACUUUUUUUCACUCUUUACAUAAUCAAUACUUUUUCGAAUACAAAAAGAGCCUCGUGAAUAAGUCACGUCAUAUUUGUCUGUCGCACCACCGUUCUAUUUCAGUUUGUGUUCAAUUCAAAUCGUUACAGUUCUCUCAUUGUUAUUUAUACAGCUGCAGAACGUAAAUUCAGCCAUUUCAAAUCUGAAUUGAGCCAUCAAAUGAUAUGUAUACACGUUUUUGAAUAGGUGAUGUACAACAUUGUAGAUAAAUUGUUUUAUACGUUAUUAUAAUAUCUCAAACUUUCUUUCAUCGGAUCCUUUCAAUCUUAUUAUUCAUUGUCCAAACAUUGCAUCAUGCAAACUCGUAAAUGAUUCGAUUUUACUGCAUGAUCAAAGUUUCUUUCCCGUACCUGACCACGAAACAUGGUCUAUCAUACUUUAAUCAUACUGUCCAUGAGGUGGUGUAAGAAAGCGCAAAUGUUGAUAGACCAAAAUAUAUAAUAAUGUUAUUUGAGCACAUUUUUUGCUUGACAAAAAUUCACUUUGAUUUUGUUGAGCAUGCGCGGAAGCACGAUGUACGUUUACUAUUAAAUAUAAAAAUAAUUUGUUUCAACUAAUUUCACGAUUUCUAUACUACAAUACUGAUAUGAGUUUCGACAAAGUUGUUGAAAAAAAAAUUAUUAAACUAUAUAUAUAUAUAUAUUUAUGUAUGUAUACAAAUAUGUGCGUGUGAAUGUUAUAAUACUUGCGAGCUUUGAUGUAAUAUAGAGUUUGUGUUAAAAGAUUUCAUCAGUUAAUUCUUUAGGCCAUGUGGAAUAUUUUCUCUAUAGUCUUCUCUAGCUACAUGGCUUCUUAUUUUAAAUAUAUUGAUGCAAAUAAAAUAUCGUCAAGUAUAUUCAAAGAAUCCUGGCUAAAUUUCAAUAUUGCUUAUGAUUUGAGAGACCAAUUUAGUUUGCAAUACUCCUCUUUUUCUAAGAUCUGUGCUGAGUUUAUUUCAUAUCGAAACUUUUAAAACAUACUUUAUUACACAACAGACAAAUUAAUUGAUGUGUGAUCUAAGAAUUUAUCCAGCUUUUUCAAUAAUCUGUAGGAUGGUUCGUUUAUGUAACAAUAGAGCCCAAAUGAAAAACAAAAAAACAUUCAUGACUGUUUGAAUAAUGUUUUUAAGCUUUUUCCUAUGCAGAGCAGUCAGUUUGUAAUUUGAGGUGAAUUGAAUCAUUCUAAUCUAAUAUCCUUAUUGCAAUUCAAAGAAGCAAGUAAUUUCC